GGGGGUGUGUGGAGCAAAGCAAAGCAAAGCAAAGCUAGGAGCAGCAAGGAGAAAGUCGGGGAGGGAUUAUCGGUUAACUAUGCUUAUCUGCAUGUGAUAUGGUUGCGGACUAAAGUGUCCAAACUGCUUUCUCUUGCUCUUGGGCUAAGCGGUUUGUCAGCUCGGUUGCCACAUGAAGGCCUGAGCCAAUCUAACUUUAAGUUAGCAGUCUGACGUUAGCUCCUGCUGUUAGCUAACUCCUGCUUGUGACUUCAAGCAACUUGUCAACAGCCGAUCGAUCCUGGACGGGACUCAGGACUGCUUUCCCUACUUGUUUAUUCUAGCCUGUUGACAAUUUCUCGCGCAGCAAAAAUCUUCUCAACCAGCAUCACUAUUGGGAGAGUCUUUCAUUCUUCAGCAGUUGGGCUAUGAUGCCAACGUGACAGGAGGGGAUCCGCUGAGUCAGCUCCAACAGGAACCAUGGAAUGGUUUCAGCAAACUGCUACAGAGCAGCACGAAAGGGUGAACGGCUACUGCAAACCCAGAUCCCCCCAGCAGACAGCUGAUGUCAGGUGGACGCUACCGGAAGCAGAGUCUGGCGGUUCAGACAGCUCUGGGGGGACAGAACUGCAAGAGUUGAAAGUGAGAGAAAGUGAGGAUGAGGAAGACAAAGAGGAGAAAGAGGUAGUUCCUAGCUCUAAACGUCAGAAGGUGGACCAGACCAAAAAAGAAAAACAGAGUCUGGAUCAGGAGAAUAGCAAGCAAGACAGCAGUGCAACAUCCAGUUACACAGACCUGUCACAUACCUCAUCGCCCUCGCUGUCAGAACAGCUGCGUCUUGGCCGAGAAGACAGCACAGGAUCUGGGAUCAGUGUGGAGUGUAAGGUCUGUGGGGACAAAGCCUCUGGAUUCCACUAUGGUGUGCAUGCCUGUGAGGGUUGCAAGGGCUUUUUCCGACGAACUGUGCGAAUGAAACUGGAAUACGAUCGCUGUGAGCGUUCUUGCAAGAUUCAGAAGAAGAAUCGUAACAAGUGCCAAUAUUGUCGAUUCCAGAAGUGCCUGUCUUUGGGAAUGUCCCAUGAUGCGAUUCGAUAUGGACGUAUGCCUGAGGCGGAGAGAAAGAAGCUGGUGGCAGGUCUGCUUGCCGAAGAACUGAAUCUGGGCAAACCAGGUGGCUCAGACUUGAAGACCUUGGCCAAGCAAGUCAACACAGCCUACCUGAAGAAUCUCAGCAUGACUAAGAAGAGGGCCCGCAGCAUCCUGACAGGCAAAACCAGCAGCACCUCGCCAUUUGUGAUCUAUGAUGUGGACACGCUCUGGAAGGCAGAAAGUGGUUUGGUAUGGAGCCAGUUAGUUCCAGGUGCACCGUUGACCAAGGAGAUUGGGGUCCAUGUUUUCUACCGCUGUCAGUGCACCACAGUGGAGACUGUGCGAGAACUCACUGAGUUUGCCAAGUGUAUUCCAGGGUUUGUGGACCUCUUCCUUAAUGACCAGGUGACUUUGCUGAAGUAUGGUGUGCAUGAGGCUAUUUUUGCCAUGCUGCCCUCUCUCAUGAACAAAGAUGGGCUGUUGGUCGCCAAUGGUAAAGGCUUCGUGACCCGGGAGUUUCUGCGCAGCUUAAGAAAGCCCUUUAGUGAGAUCAUGGAGCCCAAGUUUGAGUUUGCUGUCAAGUUUAAUGCUCUGGAGCUGGAUGACAGUGACCUGGCUCUGUUUGUUGCUGCCAUUAUUCUCUGUGGAGAUCGUCCUGGGCUAAUAAACGUGAAGCAGGUGGAGCAGAGUCAGGACAACAUCCUACAAGCCCUGGACCUCCACUUGCAGGCAAACCACUCUGACUCAGUCUACCUCUUCCCCAAGCUGCUGCAGAAGAUGGCCGACCUCCGUCAGCUGGUUACAGAGAAUGUUCACCUUGUCCAAAAGAUCAAAAAGACUGAGUCGGAGACCUCACUUCACCCUCUACUACAGGAGAUCUACAAAGACAUGUAUUAGUAUUCUCCAGCACAGACUGCUUUUAGCAAUACUGUUACAGACUGAAUUUACAUUUACACUGCGUUCAGUACAAGCACUGUUCCACUUACAGGCAUGGAUUUUAACAUGCAGAUGAGGCAAAGUCAUGUGGUAGGGCUAACACAAUCAGCAAAGUCUUCUCAAUGUCAGCAUUACCCUCAGCACAGCAAUGUGUGUGUGCGUGGUGUGUGUAUGUGUGAGUUUGUGUGUGUGAGAUGAGCAUCUGGAAUCAUUUGCUGCAAGUCCUAGUUUCCCACAACGGUCACUUAACAGAGAGAAUGAUAUGUUUUCUCACCAAGGCUGCUCCUAUUACAGUCUAAUAGCAAAACUGACCCCAGAGCAGUGUCUAGAGAGAGUUUCUCCUCGCGUGUGAAGGGAAAGUGUUUCAUGUUCUUUCACCAGUGGCGUAAGUUGAAACGGAGAAGAGUCGUCAACUUUUACUGUGCAACAUUUUGUUAUUAUGCCAAUGUCUUUGAUCAAGUGAUUGUUCUCAGACUUUUGGUACAGCUGUUUUUUGUUUACAUCAUUCUAAUUAUUAUCAUCGUCACCAAUGAUUGCUACUUUGCCAUUUGGUUUAUAGAACACAAACUGGGCUGGCUCCAGCAGUGUAGAGCUCUCUCAAAGCAGCUCUCUGUGCAAUACCAUUGCCAUUUGUCAAUAAAUGUGGAGAUCCAAGUUAUGUAGGUUUUGUCUUAAAGCCAUCUACCUAAGUGGUAACUAAUGGACUAUGCUGCACAGAUUAUGUUUCUGAAGCUGACACUAUGAACACAUGACCCAUUGAAGUACAAGGGACCGCAUGUUUUUUUUUCUUUUUUUCCUUAUUUUGACAUGCAAAUUAUCAUGAACUUGCCAUUUUAAGGUUUUUCUUAGUUUUUUCUUUGUAAUUAUGUUACUAAUUAUUUGUAAUUGUUGAUCAUAUUUGUAAGGGCAAAACAUGAAUUAUCAUGUUUUAUGUAUUGUACGUAUAUCUGUGGCUUUCGUAUUACUUGCCUGCCCGUUUAGUUUAGGUUGCACCACAUAUAUCGUCAGGCUUACCAACUAGCUUUUCCUUGAUGAGGAAUUGGGAUUUCAUGCCUUAGCAGGAUUUACCUAAAACCAGCAUACUGUAUCAUGAUGUCGUGAAUGGGAAAAUUAAUGAUGAUGAUUAGAAAUUAACAUCCAGCAUUCGGUAUGAUAAGUCGUUUCUGUAUUCACCCAAGAUGUAACAGCCCUCGGUUACUACCCUUUUUGUGUACAGUCUUUAUUUGUGUUGUUAGGAGGGGCACAAGUGUAACAGCCUUAUAAUACUUUAGCCAGAAUUCAUACAUUUCCAACUGUGUUUUCCACAUAUUCUGUAGGUCCUCGUUGUUGUUUUUUUUUCUCCAUUGUACUAAUUCUGAAUGGACUGCAUUAUGUCAGCACCAGUGCACACAGUCCACCUUCAAAAGUCUCCUCUUGUGCUCUUAUUCUGUCUUGAUCCCUAUCUACCUCUAAUGUAUGAUCUGUGACAUUAUUCCACUGUCUCAUCUAAUCUUUGACAUUUUUAUUUGCCUUAAUUUCCUGCUAUUGGUACACAUUGCAAAUUUGAUAUUAUUGGCUGAUGUGCAGUGUGCCAAGACAGUAAAGCGUGUGGAUGGAUAAAAAGAAAGGUCACCAAAA